AUGGGAAAAGAAGGACUUCAAGUUAUAAAUGCUGGUUAUUCAAAAACUGGGACGAAGACCAUGAAUGUUAUACUCACGAAACUUGGUUAUAAAGUCUGUGACGCUCCGGAAGCAAUUUACAGGCACUGGCAAGAGUGGGAGAAAAUUGCCAACGGCGAAAAACCAAAUGAAGUGCUUCAAAAAUUAUUUGGUCCGGGAAAUCCAGAUGAGUACACGGCUUGUGUUGAUUUGCCCCACAAUGCAUACUGGGAAUUGCUUUUGAAGCAGUUUCCCGAUGCUAAAGUCAUUCUCGUACUGAGGGAUGAAAACAAAUGGGCGACAUCUCUUACCAAGCAUUUGAAGGCAAGAAUAAUUACGAGCUAUAUUUUUAUAAAGCUAAGACUCAAAUACAGAAUGCACAAUCAGUAUGUGAUGAAUAACUGCCCAAAGGAAAAGCUGCUUAUUUGGAGAAUCGAAGAAGGAUGGGAGCCGAUUUGCAAGUUCUUGGGCAAACCAGUUCCAGAAGGUCCCUUGCCCCACGAGAACCGACUUGGUGGUGUUAUUCAAGAGCUAGCAAAUUCUGUCGAUUAUCAGGCAAUGGUCCGUAAGCAGACGAUAUCUCUUGUCCUCCGAAUGGGAAUCAUCGCUGGAGUCUCCUACGGCUGGUUCAAGAAUCUCAUCCAACCUCAUCUUCAAGUAGAAGAAUCGACUCCUUUCAACUGGAAAAUGCUCGGCGCUGCGAUCGCCUUUUUGGUCACUAUGAGAAAACUUUAG